UGCAAUAUCCCUUAAAAUUCUACAAACACGUGGAACAGAAUGGUACCUAAAAAGAACAGUAGAGCCAAGACUCCUGUGGCACCUAAAGCUAAGAGUACCGCAUUGUUACAGCCACCAAGGUCUGCUCCUGUAUCACGGAAGGCAAAGUCAUCAAAUCAGAAAGAUGAUGAAGAGGCAGAUGCUCCUGUUGCCAAAAGACUCUUCUUGAAUGGACAGGAUGCUGGAGAUUCUGCAGGAGCAUUGAAAGGUGGAAAGAAAACACCUCUGAAGAAAGCACAAACUCCAAAUCCUAAGGCGAAAACACCCAAGAUGGAAGCAGCCGACCUGAAGACAAAAACUCCAGUUCUUAAUCAGAAUGGAAAACCUACUACAAAGCAACAAACUCCACGUUCAAAAGUGAAAACUCCUGCUAAAGUAGAAACUUCAUCCCUGAAGGCAAAAACUCCAAACCCAAACGUAAAUACACCUACAGUGCAAACUCCAGCUCUGAAGACAAAAACACCAGCUAAAAAAACUCCUGCUAAAGUAGAAACUUCAUCCCAGAAGGCAAAAACCCCAAACCCAAACGUAAAUACACCUACAGUGCAAACUCCAGCUCUGAAGUCAAAAACACCAGCUAAAAAAACUCCUGCUAAAGUAGAAACUUCAUCCCUGAAGGCAAAAACACCAGCUAAAAAAACUCCUGCUAAAGUGCAAACUCCAGUCCCUACCACAAAUGCUCCUGCUAAUGUAAAAACUCCAACAUUGAAAGGCAAAACGAGUGCAAAAGUGCAAACCCCAAUUUCAAAGACAAAAACACUGGCAACUAAAAUGUCAACGAAAGGCAGGACCAUGUCUUCAAAACAGAAAAUGGAAGUGGAAGAUUCUGAUGAAAGUGAAGAAAGUGAUGCAGAUAUCGAUUUGGAAAAUAUAGGCAAAGCAAGACUAGAAGAAGACAAUAGUGAAGAAGAGGAAGAUGAUAUAGACAUGGAAGAUGAUGACUCCCUCGAUGAUGAUGAUGAUGAUGGUGAUGAUGAUGAAGAGGAGGAAGAUGAUGAUGACGAUGAUGAAGAGGAGGAGGAAGAAGAAGAUGAUGAUGAAAAAGAGAAAGAUGAAAAGGAAGAGGACAAAGAAAACACAGUGCAAGGAAAUUCAUCUAUGAAAAAACAGGAUGUGGAAGGGAAUGUUGGGACAAAUAUGUCUCUUAAGAAACAGGACAUGGAUUGGAAAGAGGAUCUUGACAAUAGGUCAUUGUUUGUGAGAGAUUUCCCAACAAAAACAAAGGUGGAAGAUCUAAAAAUGUUGACAAAAGAUGUUUUAGAAGUUUAUCCUAAACCACAUCUUGGCUGCAAAAAAGGAAGUUUAAAAUGGGCCAUUUUGCGGUUCAAGAAUGAAGAAACUGCAAUAAAAAACCAUAAGUUGCUGAAUGGAAUGAAAAUUGAGAAUAACAAAUUAUAUGCUGACUUUGUUGGCGCAAAGAGCAAGCAUGCCACUAGAACAUAUAAAAAUGAUCCUGUGGAUCCUUUAUCGUUGUUUAUAACUGGAUUACCACUUACAUGGAAAGAACUUGAUCUCAGUAGAUUAUUUCCAAAAGCGAAAUCUGUGCGUUUUCCUGCAACUAAAAAGCAUAAGAAAGGAAAGCGAGAUAUAACAAAUGCUGUAGGGUAUGGAUUUGCUGACUUUGCAAGUGAAGCUGAAGCUAAAGCUGCACACGAUAAAAUGCAAGGAAAAUCAGUAGAGGGUAAAACACUAGUGAUUAUGUAUGCCUUCAAGAGAGAUCCCAAGACUACCAAUAAAAGGAACAAAGAGGUGGACAGCAGCUUGGAUGCUCCAGCUGCAAAGAAGGCUAAGUUAUCAAAACAGGUAGAAAAUGAAGAUGAUGAUGACGACGACGACGAUGAUGAUGAUGAUGAUGAUGGUCCAGCAGCCAAGAAAGCUAAGUUAUCAACAAAGCAGGGAGAAAGCGAUGAGGAUGACGACGACGAUGAUGAUGACGAUGACGAUGAUGAUGAUGAUGAUGAUGAUGAAAUGGAGGAGGAUGACGACGAUGAUGAUGACGAUGAUGAUGAUGAUGAUGAUGAUGAUGAUGAUGAUGAUGAUGAUGAUGAUGAUGAUGAUGAUGACUGAAUAUGUUGUGAAAGAAUUGAAAAAAACUGUGAUAUGGAUAGAAUGUUUCUAUAGGAAGUCAUAGAUUGUUGACAGAGUACAGGAAGGAUAUAUAUAUGUAUGGUAGAUCUGUUGACAGAGUACAGGAAGGAUAUAUAUAUGUAUGGUAGAUCUGUUGUCAGAGUACAGGAAGGAUAUAUGUAUGUCUAUUGGUAGAUCUGUUGACAGAGUACAGGAAGGAUAUAUAUAUGUCUAUUGGUAGAUCUGUUGACAGAGUACAGGAAGGAUAUAUAUAUGUCUAUUGGUAGAUCUGUUGACAGAGUACAGGAAGGAUAUAUAUAUGUCUAUUGGUAGAUCUGUUGACAGAGUACAGGAAGGAUAUAUAUAUGUCUAUUGGUAGAUCUGUUGACAGAGUACAGGAAGGAUAUAUAUA